GGUAACGAUGUCUCUGCCGGAAGAUUCAUAGUUGAGCUCAAUUGGCUCAUGGGUUAGAGCCAGAUUCGAAAACCCAAGGAACUGAAGAAGAAUACAAUGUCACUUCUCGCUCAGACGAUACAAAAGCAAAAGCAGGCAGCUUUUGGUCCUAAUUUGUCUUGGCAACUCGAUGAAGAACGGUACAAUCGAUCUUGGAUCUUAAUUCUUCUUGGCUACUCUAUCAAGAAUGGUACUUUUAUAUAAAUAUGUUUUUUGAGUUCAUGGAUUGAGCAGCUGGUGAAAAAUUGGAUCGUUUUUAGUGAUUUCAGAGUAUGUUCUUGUAGGAUUAUUGCUGUUUCUGUCACAACGAGACUUUGCCACUUUUGUUAUUCGUAACAGAUGAAGGUUUGAGAUGGUUGGGUUGCUUGACUUUUGGAACCCUUUGGUUUAAAAAUUUAUGGUUAAUGCCUGGAAUUGGCUACAAUGGGAAUUUAGUUAGAGUGAUUGUAGUUUUGAAUACUACUUGACUCCGGAAAGUUUUUGGUUUGAGUGAUGAUGCAAAAGGUGUGGACAGAAUCUUCAUGAUGCAGAGUGGUGUCAUGAUACAGAGAGGCAAAGACCUUGCUUAUCUUAUUUUAAAGACACUUGAUGAGGAGGUGACAUUUAGGAUAAGUGAAAAUGUACAUUACAAGGCGUUUGUCAGAUUACCGGAGGAAUCCAGCAGAGCUAACACGGCCCCCUCCUGAGGGUCCUAACUCUGGAAUUUUGGUAAUCCAAGACCAAGACUCAUAUAUACAGGCUUCAUGCUGCUUCAACUCGUGGUUGGUGGUGGACUCUCAUCUAAAUGGUUUGCCAUUGCCGCAAAAUCUUAAGCUAGCAGUCACAUUUAAUACCGGAGGGGAUGACAGUACUCGUGACCCUGUUGUGUUCAUUCCUGUUCUUGAUAAGCCAAUAUCUUCAAAUUGUUUUUAUGCAAUUAAACGACAUGGGAAGCAUUCAGGUGAAGCGGCUGGUAGUGCGAAAGAGGAAGAUAUAGUUACCUCCUGCUUUUGUAUUAAGGAAGUUGCUGAAGCUAAACAUAAACAGCUUGAUCCUUUUGACAUAUACCAACAAUUUGAGAUCCAUCAAACGGAUCCAUCUUCACGUCCGCGUUAUUACUACGCAACAUCUGUUGCUCCUGACGGGGUCCCACCAUGGUUUCUCAGGAAAAGAGAGUGGAUGGCUGAAUGCUUGAGGUCCCCAGAAUUUAAACUGACAGAUGAUGCAAAAGGACUCAACACAGAGCUUCGUGCCGAGCUUCCGAAACUUGGUAUGAGCAUUGUGGUUGGGAAGUGGUAUGUCCCUUUCAUAUUCGUGAAAGAAAGAGAUGCUAAGGAUCAGAUCAAGAAUUCGAUAUAUUACAGCAUGACUCUUGAACAAAGAUGGGAAGAAGUUUUUUCUUGUGAUAACGACAAAAGCGGGAAGCAUGAUGUUGUAUUUGAAGUAGAAGGAGAAACAGAAGUUGUUAAGCUUGAGGGACAAGAGUUUGAAAGAGGUGUGGAGACAAACGGGUUUGUCUGGUUUGGGGUUGGAGACGAAAAGAUUGGUUUAGGAUCAGUUGUUGUUGAGAGGAUGAAAUGGGAAGAAGAGAGAUUUGGGUGGACAAGCAAAGGUGACCAGGAGCCAGCAAUGGCGGGUAAGAGAUUGAAGAAAUCAAAAGAUGGUAGCUUUUGGACGAGUUAUCAGUGUUAUGUUCUGAUAGAGAGCUUUGUGUUGAAGAGGAUGGAUGGAAGUUUGGUCUUAACAUAUGAGUUUACUCACGUCGAUAAGGUCAAAACCAAAUGGGAUUCAGUUUCUCAAGCAACGAAUCUCCCAAAGGUUUUGUAAUCUCAAUGACGUGAACUUCAAUUGGUUAGAUCUUAAGUAACAAAGAAUCAAGGAGAAAAUGUAUGUGACAAAGCGUUUGUCUGAAUACCAAAGAAACCCGUCAGAACUCACUUUG